UUUCCUGCGGGCUGGUCGACACCGACGGACUGGCCGCCCUCACACCGAGAUGUGCUGAAGGGGAGACGGGCUUAUCAGAGUUUAGCUGGCCGCCAUGCAGAGCACCGGGCUGCCACAGUGAAACCUCGGUUUAUUUAUUUUCUACGGGUUAAAGCGAAUGUCGCAGGCCGGAUAACGCAGGGAAAUGAGUAACAGGAUGGAGGGUUCGGCGGCACCGGGCGCCAGGGCGAACGGACCCAUCGCGGCGCCCAGCCCCCCGGUGGGCUCCGGCAUCGGCCCGCCUCCGUCCCCGGAGGAGCUGGAGGAAGAGCCCCAGUCGUCCCUGACAGACGUCACCCAAAUGUGGAUUAAAUUCGGCAAGACUUUCGCCAUCAUCUUCCCGAUCUACAUCCUGGGAUACUUCGAGUUCAGCUUCAGCUGGGUUCUGAUCGGACUCGCCAUGUUGUUCUACUGGAGGAAGAACCACGGCAGCAAGGACUACAGGAUAAACCGGGCCUUGGCGUUCCUGGAGCACGAGGAGAAAGUGGUGAAGCAGAGUGUGCCCACUGCUGAGCUGCCACCAUGGGUCCAUUAUCCAGAUGUGGAGAGAGUGGAGUGGCUGAACAAGACGGUGAAACAGAUGUGGCCGUUUAUCUGCCAGUUUGUGGACAAGCUGUUCAGAGAGACCAUCGAGCCGGCGGUGAAGGCGGCCAACCCUCAUCUCAGCACCUUCUGCUUCACCAAGAUCGACAUGGGCGACAAGCCGCUGAGAGUCGACGGGGUCAAAGUUUACACGGAGAAUGUGGACAAGAGGCAGGUCAUCAUGGACCUGCAGAUCAGCUUUGUCGGGAAUACGGAGAUCGACGUGGACAUCAAGAAAUACUACUGCAGAGCUGGAAUCAAAAGCAUCCAGCUUCACGGAACGAUGAGAGUGGUGAUGGAGCCUCUGCUGGGGGACAUGCCUCUGAUCGGAGCCCUGUCCGUCUUUUUCCUCAAGAAACCGGGCGUCCUGAGGAUCCACUUCCUCGAGGCCCAGGACCUGCUGGCUAAAGACAAGUUCCUAGGGGGGCUGAUCAAAGGCAAGUCGGACCCGUACGGAGUCCUCCAGAUCGGGACCCAGCUCUUCCAGAGCAAAGUCAUCCAAGAGACCGUCCACCCAAAAUGGAACGAAGUGUACGAGGCGUUGAUUUACGAUCACUCAGGACAGAAUCUGGAUGUCGAGCUGUUUGAUGAAGACACUGAUAAAGACGACUUCCUGGGAAGUCUGAUGAUCGAUCUAGGCGAGCUGCAGAAGGAACAGAAGGUCGAUGAGUGGUUUGUGUUGGAGGAUGUGGCCACAGGGAAGCUGCACCUCAGGCUCGAGUGGUUAUCUCUGCUGCCCACACCUGAGAAGCUGGACCAGGCGCUGAUGAGCAUCAAAGCCGAUCGCGGUCAAGCCAACGACGGCCUGUCGUCGGCGCUGCUCGUGGUCUUCCUGGAUUCAGCCAGAAACCUGCCUAGCGUCUUCGAGGGGAACUUGGGCUCGGGCUACUUAAAAGAGAGGCGGGCGGCGGGCCUCGUGUUUUGCGAGAACACUGCCUCUCUCUAUAGGACCCUAUUUCGCAAUCCGUUAGAGUUCAACCAAGCGGGGCUGAAGAAGGCCUCGGUCAGUAAGGCCAUCAAGUCCGGUAAAAAAGUGACUAGCGAUCCGAGUCCGUUUGUCCAGUUCACAGUCGGACACAAGUCCUACGAAAGCAAGACCAGAUAUAAGACCAAUGAACCGGUGUGGGAGGAAUCCUUCACCUUCCUCAUCCACAACCCCAAGAGCCAGGAGUUGGAGGUUGAGGUGAAGGAUGAGAAACACGAGUGUUCGUUGGGGACGUUAAAGCUGCCUCUGAGCCGCCUGCUGGAGGCGGAGGACAUGACGCUGAACCAGCGCUUCCCCCUGAAGAACUCCGGACCGAGCUGCACCGUGAAGAUGAAGAUGGCUCUGCGGGUGCUGUGCUUGAAGAAAGACACAUCCUCGCCCUCGGACUCCACCCCGUCCUCCGUGCAGGUCCAUAAGUCCAGCAGCUCCAUCAACCCCACCCCGCGGCCCUCUGUCUCCUCUGAGUCCCCCAGGCCUCCCUCCUCCAGCUCCGACAUCCCUCGCUCGGCCUCGGUGUCCGCCCAGGACGUGCUGAACCGGCGGAGGGAGGGCGACGACUCCUAUAGGUCUGUGGGAAGCACAGACUUAGGGCACGGUGGAGGAGGAGGAGGAGGAGGAGGAGGAGGAGGAGGAGGUCACGGCCUGGCGGAGACCGGGAGGAGCACUUCCAACCUGGCCAUCUCUGGUUCCCAGCAGUAUCUGGCUGGAGGCAAGGAGCCGACGCCCAGCAUCGCGUCGGACAUCUCCAACCCCUACGCUGCCCAGGAGCUGCAGCUCAGGCUCCAGCAGCUGCAAAAUGGUUCGGGCCCCAGUCACUUCCCGCUGGGUGAGGUCCAGCUGACGGUCAGACACAGCUCCCAGAGGAACAAACUCAUUGUGGUGGUUCACGGCUGCAGAAACCUGAUCGCGUUCACCGACCACGGCUCGGAUCCUUACGUCCGCCUCUACCUGCUUCCUGACAAACGGAGGUCGGGCAGGAGGAAAACUCACACCUACAAGAAAACCCUCAACCCGGUUUACGAUCAGACGUUCGAGUUCACUGUUUCCCUCGUGGAGCUCCACAGGCGGACUCUGGAUGUUGCCGUGAAGAAUGGCGGAGGCCUGCUCUCCAAACACAAAGGCCUCCUGGGAAAGGUUCUGGUGGAUCUGACCCACGAGGACGUCAGCAAGGGUUGGACACAAUGGUAUGAGCUGAGUGAAGACGGUCUGACGAAGCCUCACCAACUAUAGACGGCGACAACGGGAACCAUCUUCAUCAUCAUUAUCUUCAUCAUCAUUAAUCAUAUCACCACACUUCCACUUUACACACUUCCUCUUCCGUCUACAGUGUGGCUCUUUGUUUUUUUAUUAUUUGUCAUCACUUGUACGAAAAGGAACCAGAAAAGCAGCUUUUGACAUUCAUUUAACCACAUCAGUCGCAAGGCAAACCUCCCCUUUAAGAAGUGAAAGGCUGAUAGACUAAAGGGAGUAUACAACAUGUAGAAUACUAUAUAUUACAUAAUGUACUGCUGUGGAAGUCUAUAUUCCAUAUUUAUAGGAGAUAAUUAUAACAGCUGUAGAGGAAGACAAUCUAUUUUUGUGCCGUGGCAGCGGCUUCCUGCCUUCAGUGUGGGUAAAGGACGAGGAUGUACAGGUUUGUAAAUAGACAGGUCGAUGCUGGACAGAACAGACGGCGUACUCUAGAGAGGAGAGAGAGCAGCGGUCUCCUACUUGGCCAAAUGAUUGUUUGUAAUUUUAUUUGAUUAUAUUUUUAAAUUUUUUUUUAAAUGAAAACCAUUCUGGACAAAGUUUUUGAAGCAAAGCCGGCAGGCGGUCGCAGGGAAAGACGCCACCAAAGAGACGAGAAGUAUUUCAAUCUUUCGCCCUCGGGGGGGUUUUUUGUUUUUGGUAACGCAGCCGGUUUUAAUUCACUGUAAUAACGAGUGUGUUAAUGAAAGGAAAGGACUGUGUGUUAAUGAAAGGAAAGGACUGUGUGUUAAUGAAAGGAAAGGACUGUUCCACCUGUUAAUACACCGGUUGUUACACUGGAAGAAGGCCGCUGUUAAGUGUUUGUUUUUUAAACUGACUAUUUGCACAUCUGUGUUGUUUUUUAAUCUAUUGGGGAUCAUCUUUAGUUCAACAUUGCCUCAAUUCUUUUAGCCAAACAUUUUUUGCCAAUAAUUUCUGACCUUAAAUCUAACAAAAUGAUACAUUAAAAAGAAUGAAAGUGUUUAAAUAAUAUAUUUUUUAAAGGAAUAUCUACAGCCAUUGGUAAAAAAAAAAAAUAUUUACCAAGAUCUUGACUUACAAAAUUGAGCGAUUAAUUGAACCCAUUAUAUUAUAUUAUAUUAUUAUAACCCACAUUUUCUUCAUUUGUCUAAAGCCACUAUUAAUGAGGUUUAUGAUUCCCCACUUCGGCGCCAUCUGGUGGUAAUAGUAAGAAAAAUCACUGUGAUAACCAAACUGUAAAUUCUCAUCUCACCAGACCUUUAUUUGGAACAGGCUUAUAUUAGAGACAUCUUUUAAUCUCGAAUUUUCUCUGUUUUCCCCGAGAAAUACAAAGUUAUACGAAUGUUUACCUUUAAAUUAAUUAUAUUAAUAUAAUAUAAUUAAUAAUUUCAUCAGGUUGAGAGCAAUAGUCUCAGUUUCUCCUCUCACACAGAAAUACAGUUUUUAUUCAUUAAUUAAUUCAAGUUGUUCCGUUUUGCAGUUUUUCCUUUAUCACGAAGAAAAACACUUCCUGACAGUUUUUCACAUUAAAAGUCCUGGUCUUUUAUUGUGCAACGUCUGCAGCCUGUAUUUGAACAACCUUAAUGUGUCUGUGCGACCCGUCCCUCGGCUGAGACCUCACCAUUAUUUACCCUUGUUAUAUGAGAAUUAACCCUUUACACACCUGCACCAACACUGAGGGGAGCGAGCUGAAAGCGCCACAGAGACUUUCACCAAACAAACAAAACCUUUGAAAGACGCUUUCUUCACAGAAGAUUUCUACAAAUAGUGGCUUUAAAAAGUGAGAAAAUGUCCGUAACUAAGAAAUUAAACAUUAUGUCUCAAUGGGCUUUAUUUAGUUUAUUUUCAGUGAGGUUGAUAACGUGAUAAACUCCACUACAGUCAUUCUGAGUUCUUCACAUUGUGUUUAUGAGUCAACAUUAGUCUUAACUUGUCACAAAAUGUUAUUUUCAGCACGUUGUUGUGUCUUACUUGUUUGUUUAGUUACACACCAAAUAUGCGCAGUCCGGAGUUACACUCUGUUUGCUUCACGGGCAGCAGACUUUUAUUUUGAAAUCAGAAAACCGAAAUCUAUUACCGUUUAUAAAUAUUGCGAACGAAACAGGAUGUUUCUUUGUUUUCUGUUAUCCUAACCUACUCUAACCCUAACCCUUUUUAUUUUGAAAGCAAGAAACAGAAAAGUGGUUGUUUUUAUUGGUUUUCUGUUUUUUAUUUUCAAAAUAAAAGUUGGAAAACAGGUAAUUUUGUGAAACGGAAAACAGAUUGUUUCUUUGUUUUCUGUUUUUUUUUUACUUUCAAAACUAAAGUUUUUUUAUUUUGAAAACAAGAAAUGUUUCUUCAUUUUCUGUGUUUCUUUUUUUAAAUUUUCAAAUCAGAAAACAGCUCGUUUCCUGUUUUUGGUUUUCUCAUUUCAAAACAAAAGUUCACCCACCAUUAAGAAACACACCAGAGUUUAAAAUGACAUUUCCCUUUUUUAUAUCUAGCGCGCGCACACACACACACACUGUGUUCACUCACAUAUUAAACGCUGCUUCCACGUUACAGCACUCUCUCAUAAGGGAUUCACAUCAGUAACCACACGUAUCAUUCUUGGUAUCAAGCUCAUUAAAGGAAUGCACACGUUAUCUACGCGGCCCUACGAAGCCAAAGAGCAGCAGUUUUGUGUCGAUACAGAGGAGGCUUGUGUGACCUUUGACCUUCAACACACAAAUAUAGACUUUUGCCUUGUUGUGUUUAUAUCUCGCGUCAAGAAAGUAUUUUACAUACGUGUACGUAAACUGUGCCGUUCUGCAUUUUAUGUCUCAGUGUUUUUUAUUUGUGUUUUCCAGCCGUCGCUCUCUUGGUCUCGUCCUGUGUUUUAUUUUGUAAGAAUUUGACGGUUUGUGUGUCAGCCAUUGGAUCUGAGCGCUACGUGCCUCUGGGGUGGACUCUGUUCGUCUGAAAGGCGGUUCGUCUUCUCCGUCUUCUUAAUUUAUCUUGUGCCUUAAACUUCACUCGACCCAGAGACAUUCACAUGUAUAAAGAACCAAGUUUCCCAUGUUUCAGAAUGUCUCCUCAAUGUCUUUUAAAACAAAUAAAGAGCUUUAGCUGGCUAUAGCGGCACGAAGCUGUACAGCA